AUGAUACAAUGGCGAAUAGACAAUCAUGUUGAUUUGAUUCUUGAAGAUCAACUCAUGAUGCUUCGAAUGGAUAUCAUUCGAAAAAUGGCUCCGAGCGCUCAUCAUGGCUAUACAAAAGCUGGUCGACCAUUGUUUAUCGAAAAAUUCGGUCUAGUACAAGUGGAUAAGUUAUUGAAUCGAUUUACAUCAGAGGAAUUAAUCCAAUGUCAUAUCUAUUGGCUUGAAUGCUGUUGUCAGCGAGCAAGAGAACGUAGUCGACAACUAGGAAAACAUGUCGAAAAUUUUGCUACGAUUUAUGAUUUACAUGCCUGUAAAGAAAAUGCUAGUGGUUAUUAUCGAACAUCAAGAAUUUUUCUAGCAAAAAUUCUUUGUGAUUUAUUUCCAAUGCGUGUUAUAGCUUCAUUUAUCUUUGCUAUAUUUGCUUAUCGUUUAACUGAUUUUCAACGUUCAAUUAAUCGAUUUCUUAUUUUCUUUCUCACUAUAUUUAUCAAUUCAAUAUUUGGUUCGGCUGUAUGUUUCUUUAUUUCAGCUUGUAUUCCUGUAUUUGCUGUAGUUCUUACUGCAGUUAUACUUUGUUUUAUAAUGAUGAUGGCUCUUAGUGACUUUCUUGUUGAUUUAGAAAAUAUAAAUUUAAAAUUUUGUUUAUCUAAUAAUACUCAUAUAUGUCCAAUGACAGGUGAAAAAGUAUUAACAGAACGUAAUAUUCCACAUAAUACAAAUUGGGAUAUAUGGAAAAAUUUACUUUUUAUAUCUAUUAUGGCUCUUGUAUUUUUUAUUAUGACUUAUAUUCGACUGUUAUGA